AUGUCGACAAUGCAGCAGCUCAAAAACUUCAUCCGUCAUGGAAAGCAAGCUCGAGGAGGUAAUCCCGAUGAGCAGCCACGGGUGAAGCGAGACAACUCCCCACCCCAGCAGGAACAACCUCUUCCGCAAAGACACACUGCGCCCAACGUAUCGGAACCCGUCUUUGGACAUGCACCUGCUGGCCACCACCAAGCAGUCCCUGACGCUUUCUCCGCGGCGGCACCCGGUGGUGCCCAGAACCGUGCCGCCCAGGCCGGCCACGCCGCCGCUCACCAUGUCGAGGCAGGCCAAUCUAUCUCCAAGGCCAAGAACCAGCGGCUUGACGACCACAACAUCGCAAAGCUGGUUGCCGAAGAGAAUGCCAGCCGAGGCAAAUUCCCAAGGUAUCCGGGCCUGGAGCGGUGGGAACUCGUCGAGAAGAUGGGCGAUGGAGCCUUCAGCAACGUCUACCGCGCGCGCGACGUGGAAGGCGGAGCUGGGGAGGUCGCAAUCAAGGUCGUCCGCAAGUUUGAGAUGAACAACAUGCAGGGACAUAAGCUUCUCCAUCCGGACUUCAAGCCAAAAGCUCCCAGAGCUGCAGAGAGGGCAAAUAUCCUCAAAGAGGUGCAGAUCAUGCGUCAACUAGACCACCCCAAUAUCAUUAAACUGAUCGACUUCGCCGAGUCGCCCCAAUACUAUUACAUCAUUCUUGAGCUGGCUCCCGGCGGAGAACUCUUCCACCAGAUCGUCAGACUCACGUACUUUAGCGAAGAGCUGUCGAGGCAUGUCAUUACACAAGUGGCAAAAGCCCUGGAGUACCUACACGAGGAGAGGGGCGUCGUUCAUCGGGACAUCAAGCCGGAGAACAUCCUGUUCGAGCCAAUACCGUUCGUGCCGGCCAAGCACCCAAAGCCCAAGGCGCCGGGAGACGAGGACAAGGUCGACGAAGGCGAAUUCGUGCCGAACGUCGGAGCAGGCGGGAUUGGGCGGAUCAAGAUUGCGGAUUUCGGCCUGUCCAAGGUAGUCUGGGACACUCAAACCAUGACACCGUGUGGCACAGUGGGCUAUACGGCACCCGAGAUUGUGAAAGACGAGCGGUACUCCAAGUCGGUCGACACCUGGGCACUCGGCUGCGUGCUCUACACGCUCCUCUGCGGAUUUCCCCCGUUCUAUGACGAGAGCAUCGAAGUCCUGACGGAGAAAGUCGCCAAGGGCCAGUUCACCUUCCUCUCACCGUGGUGGGACGAUAUCAGCAGCUCGGCCAAGGACCUCAUCUCACACCUCCUGACGGUCGAUCCCGAAAAGCGAUACACGAUCAAAGAGUUCCUCAACCACCCCUGGAUCUGUUUCUCGGGACCCAGUCCCCGUGUGGACAAGAAGGACGUGAUGGGGCCGAAUGGCAUGCUUCGCGCCUUUGACGCUUCCAAGCUCGUCGAUGGCGAGAAGCGGUACGACUUCCGGUCGCCUGCCGCCGUCAACUUGCGGGAGGUGUUCGAUAUCAGUUACGCGGUGCAUCGACAAGAAGAGGAAGGCAAGCUUCGCAAGCAGAUCGGUGCCAAGGCUGCCGGUGUCGCACCGUCCCGCCUCACUGGACUCAGCGAGGUGGUUGACGAGGAUGACGAAGACGAGGAUUCGGAUUCGGAUUUCGGCGCCCAGAAAGACACGGGGAUCGAGCAGGUGAUGCGCAACGCAAAUAUUCGAGACAAUGCAACCGCGCGGGACGACGAGGACCAGCGUCGCGGCCGAGACCGGGAACGGCACGAGACUAAGGGUUACGGCCAGCACUCGGCCGCAGUCGCUGCCGCGGCCAGGCAACAAGUCAAGGACAGGCAGAAGCAGAAAGGCGCGUUCGAGCUCAACAUGGGCAACGCGAGCAUCCUCGGCCGGCGUGCGGCCAGGGUCGCAUAG